AUGGCCGACUCGCAGGGCCAAACAAUCAUUAUCAUAUCGGCGGUAUUUGGUCUCCUCAGUGUUCCAGUCAUGGCUUUACGACUGUUCGCUCGAGUUAUCAUACUUGGAAAGAUGGGUCUGGAUGAUGUGUUGGUCUGUAUUGCGGCUCUCCUGGCGUGGGCAUUCAUCGUCGCCACCAUCAUCGCGGUGCGACACGGGCUGGGCCAGCAUAUGGACGAGGUCAUGAAGAAAGGUACAGAUAACUUGAACGGUUACUCACAGGCUGUUUGGUUGUCCUCGAUCUUCUACAACGCCUGUUUGGGUUUCUUGAAGUCCUCAAUUCUCGCUUUCUACCUUCGACUUGGAGAUGCCCAACUCAAACGUCUUGCUCAGAUUCUACUAGCGAUUGUCGUUUGCCAGGCUGUUGCUAACGUCUUUACAUGCAUCUUCCAAUGCACGCCUGUCUCUGCUGCGUACACGGCCGAGCUCCAGAAGAGUGCAAAAUGCGUCAAUAUCUCGGCUUUCUACUUGACGAACGCGGCAUUGACAAUUCUGACGGACUUGUUGACUUACAUCCUGCCAUUCCACCUGGUUCGCAAGCUGCAGAUUCCUCGAAGACAAAAGAUUGGCUUAGGCGUCAUGCUAGGACUAGGCCUGUUUACCUGUAUGUCGUCCAUCAUUAGGAUCACCUAUAUUCCGAAUAUGCUCUUCUCGAAAGAUCAGACCUGGACCAUAUCUGCACCAAUGUAUUGGAGUGUAAUCGAGACCAACGUCGGAAUCCUCACAGCAUCGAUGCCUGCUUUCAAGGCUAUAGCAAAGAAGUAUGCACCGAAGCUUCUGGGCGGCUCAUACGACACCGACCGAUACCCAUCAAGAUCAGUACACAUUAGAGCUGGUAGCAGCGGCUUUCACAGGAUGGGGGGCACUGCUCGAAGCAAGGAUCUGGCACUCGACACCAUCGACAGAGACUUAGGCAUGUCAAAAGGACGCUUUCAAACAACCAUCAAUCAAGACAACGACAGCGUCUCAAGCGAAGAAGUGGCUCUGCACCCACCAGACAGAAUCGGCGUCACAAGGCACGUUCAUGUAGAAGGAGAAUCUCGGAGUGUCUUCGAGGAAAGGAGCUCUCUUAGCUCUCAGAAAGAUCACAGAGAACUCUCGUGA